AUGAUAGCAGCUAAGGGUCACAGCCUCUUCACACCGGAGCCACACUAUAUUCCUGGCUAUGCCGGCUUCUACCCGCAACUACGAUACCAGGUGGGAUACACUUAUGGCCGAACCACUGCAAAGAUACUGACAGAUCCAACAGUGAAUAAAAGCCCAUGUUCUGUGUUGGCACCUAUCAGUAAACCCAAGUUUAUUGAAGAUUUUAGCCAUGAUAAAACAUCCCAUGCACAAUGGAUGGAUGAGAACCAGCCCCAUUUCCCUCAUUACUCAGGAUUCCAGCCUUUUAAGGACUUUGAGAUCAGAGGACACUAUAUACCCUGUGAGACGGAUCAACAUGGAAUAACCAUGCCAGAAAGCAAUCAAUAUGCGCUUCCAUCAGACACAGUUGGUGAAACCAUGCCCUACCCGCCUCACCCACCAUGUCCACCAGGCAGGAAAGCCAAUGAACCUGAAGUUGGGCAUCCAGGUUUGCGGCUGGCAUAUGGAAAGGAAGGGUGGAAAACCUCACCCCCUCUUCAAAAGGAUGCUGAAGUUCCUGGAUUUACUCAGCAGUACCAUUUCCGGAGAGAUGUGUAUGCUCCUCAGCCACCCCAGCCAGAGACACUAGAUAUCGGCAGGUUUGAGAAGCUUCCCAAGCUAGACAAGCCCAACCUGAUCCAGCACAAAGCCAUCUCGGGAUACGCUGGAUUCGUACCACGAUUUACUUGGGUGAUGGGAGUCAAUUAUCGAGAUGGUGUCCAGCAGGCAAUGGACGAAUUUGAUAAAAGCCAGUUUCUAAUAAGAAAUCCCGUUUACGCUUUGGGAGAGAGACUACCAAGACAACACUGGCCAGACACCAAAGUUUACCACAGUCAAGGCCUGAUACCUUUCUACACAGGAUUCAUACCAACUUUAAGACAUACUUAUGGUUUAACAUUUGGCAGUAGUACUCGUAAGGCUUACCAAAAAGAACAGAAGAGACGGAACAAUGCACUAUGA